AUGUCGGACGAUAUGCAGCCUGGCGAGAUCCCACAGUGGCAGCGUGAGACUCACAACGAGUACUUCUACAAUCUCUGUGAUCUGAAGUUUGCUCUUGAUGAAGACAUAGUCGAAGAUGUCGCGAUUCUGACCCGCGAACGGCUGUCGUCGCUAUCUAUUCAGGUGCUGGAUGACCUCAAUGUCGACGACGAAUCCCCUCUGGACUUUUCACCCUCAUUCUAUGCCCCAGUGCCACGGGACACGUUCGAGACGUUUCUUGAGACAUAUACGCCACACCUGUUUCCGGACCAAUACAGCGACGGAACCAGCAUGGUACUGUUGCUAUCUUUCCGGCACGAUAAGGCUGCGCGCAUCAUUCAGGCGCAUUUUGACGGCCAUCGUCUGUUCAUCAGGCAGUCCCGACUUCUCGAUCUGGAUGCCGACGAGCCGACACCGGAUGCGUAUCUUUUGCUGCGCUGGAUGGCAAGCCGGCCCCAAGGCAACACGGCAUAUGGCAAGCCAUUUUGCACAGACGAUGCACCGAUGGCAAUCACCACAAAAGAACCUGAAGAGCCGAGCUCAACUGUCGCUGUGCAAGCCUGA